AUGGAGACAAGCCCGGGAAAUGUUCAAACCCAACCAAACUCGGACUCUCUCCGCUCAAGUACUUCAGCCUCGGGCUCUGAAUCCCAUGAUUCUGAAUCCACAAGCACUUCAGCCUCGAGCUCCGGAUCCCGCAGUUCUGAAUCGACAAACUCUCCGCCAGCCCAAACAGAUGAUACCCCCACGAGCGGCGCUGAAGGACCCGCGGUGCAAGAUCCGGCCGAGAUGAAAAUACUCUUUGGCUCUUCAUCCGAUUACAGUAAGAGUCUCGACGGUGAAGAUAGCGAGGAGGAAAGGCCGGAGUGGGAUAAAGAGGACUAUCUUACACCUGGAUCCGCUCAGGAGCGUGAGAUGGAGUGGUGGGAGACACACGAACACCUCAAGAGGCAGUGGAGGAAAGAACGUGCUACCAACCCCAAGUUCCGUGGACUGGCCAGGGGGCAAUAG